AUGCGCAUCAGUGUGGUGUUGAUCCUUGCUCUGCUUCAGCCAGGCUACGCGGUAGCGAUUCGGCAUGUGACGCACAAGACCUUGCGAGCUGCAGGACAGCCUCGUUCGUUGGAUGUAGAUCUGAAUGAUCUGCCGCCAGGCUUCUCGCUCGUAUCUGUUCCUUCGCCUGUUUCAGAAGCAAUUCCACCACCGUUUCAAGGCUUGCUGCGUCCGUCGGAUGACAGCAAUCUGCCUUCGACGUAUCAGCGACCUGCAUUCGCCCAAGGCGGCCGUCAUCAGAAACGAGAUCUUACGCAAAUUGCUCAGACUGUAUUCGAUGCAGCUGGACUGGAGCCAGCUUCUACGAACGCUCAUCUCGCCAAUCUUGUUAGGGGUCUGCAGACCUCCCGACUGAUCUUCGACGUUAUCUCAUCCUUCAACCCAAUCGCGCUACUCAGCCUGACGACCGCGACAGGCAUCAACAUCACUGCCGGCAUGACUGUAUUUGAAUCUGAUCUGCAGCAAGAGCCACAGGUCUUUCUUGCGCCGACCUCUCCGAGUGUAUCGCCUGUCGCCCUUCUCUUUUUCCUGCUCGACGCUGACUCGCCGACUCCUAGCAACGCUGCAAACGGCCAAACAGUGCAGAUGCUGGCGCAGGAUCUCACGAUUGAUCCUACUGCUGCCAAUUCGCAAGGCUUUCCUCUCAUGUCGCUUGCGGCCGAAUCGCUUGCCGAAUAUGUGCCACCUGUGUUCGCAGAUCAGUCCGGACCUCAUAGAAUGAUUGCCUUGAUCUACCAGCAACCCCUGGUCAGCAGCUACCGUACAGCCGGCUGCAACGGUCGCAAGCUCGUCCACUACCAUAUCCGCGGCUUCAAUCCCAACGUCUGUGCAAGCGACGACUACAUCCGCGAUAUUCAAUUCGGUGCCACAAGCGACCGCAGUGACAAGUUUGCCGCCGUCCGAAACAACGCCCUUUGCAAUCCCAUUCAUCACACCAUUCGUGACCAGCUUUGCACGGUCAGCUGCUACAACAUUUGCGACUUCGACAGGCUCAUUCAAUCAGCCGAAUUGCAUUGCUGA